AUGACAUCAAGAUUAUCACAAUUAUUACAAAUGCAAGAAUUACAGGAACAACAAGAAUUUCGAAAUUUAAAUAUUAAUAAAAUUGAACAAAAUCAACAGUCAUCAAAUACAGCAGUAUGUGAAACAACUAGUUCUUGGAAAAAUUAUAACAAUACUAAUAAUAGUAGUGAUCAAAAUGAUUUGGUUGUUUUAUCAAUGUCAGAACAAAAUCGUGAUAUUAGAUCACAUGGAAGUUCAACGUUCAUAUCAAAUACAGAAACAAUUUUACCUAGGUCUGAAACCCCAAGUACAUCAUCUUUUCAAUCUAGUCCACCAAUAAGUCCCGGUUGCGAGUAUCAUCAAACAGAUUCAAAUUCAAGUUUAAGAAAUGAAUGCAUUAAACCAAAUAAUUCUGAUGAUUAUAUCAAAGCUCCAAAUUUUCAAAUAUAUUCAAAUAAUAAUCCAUACAGUCAAUACUCAACAACAUCGGCUUUUCAUAGACCUUUAGAAUCAUCAUCGGGAAAUCCGUCGGAGUUUCAAACAACAGGCUAUGUUCCUGCUCAUUUGCAAUUUGAAUUUUUAACACGAAGUGGGAUGUUUCAUCGAUGUUUUCCAGAUCUUACGUUUUCGCAUCAUACGCUUCUUGGGAAAACACGAAGACCACGUACAGCCUUUACAUCACAACAAUUAUUAGAAUUAGAAAAACAAUUUAAGCAAAAUAAGUAUUUAUCUAGGCCAAAACGAUUCGAAGUAGCUAGUAGUUUACUACUAUCAGAAACCCAAGUAAAAAUUUGGUUUCAAAAUCGACGAAUGAAAUGGAAAAGAUCAAAAAAAGCCCAACAAGAGGCAAAAGAAAAAUCAAAAACUACAGGAAGUUAG